UUGCUGGUGAGUCCUCAGAGGAUGUCAUGGCCCAACCCUGCUGUCCCCAGCCCCACGCUGGCCCUGGCAGGCUGGUGUCCCCUGUCACCCACAGGCACUCAGACCACCUGGAUCAUCGUGCAGCCCCCCUGGAUGCCAGCAGUUCUGUGGGACCGGGUGACACUGACCUGCCAGGGCUCGGGGACCUCCAGUGCCACCACAUGGUACAAGAAUGGGCAGCGCUGGGGACAGCAGGGACAUGACCGCCUCACUGUCACUGAGAAUGGCACCUAUGAGUGUAACAGAACCGGCACUGGGCUCAGCCUCCCCGUGAGAGUCUCUGAUGACUGGCUGGUGCUGCAGGUGCCGGCACGGCCACUGCUGGAGGGGGACACGGUAACACUGCGCUGCCGGGACCGGCGGAACAACCUGGGCACCUGGGUGUCCUUCUACCAUGAGGAGAAGCUGUUGGUGGAGCUCCGAAAUGGGACAGAGCUGACCCUGUUCCCUCUCCAGCUGCACCACAGUGGGCGCUACCGCUGCAGGGGCUGGCUGAAAGACAGGGAGUGGGUGAUGUCUGCGCCGGUGACAGUGACAGUGCAUGUGGCAGCAGGGGUCGGUGGGGCCCUUUUGUUCCUGCUCCUGCUUGUGGGUGUCAUUGUGGCCUGGCACCGGUGGCACCGUGUGGCUGCCAGGAAGCAACAAGAGAGGCCUCCCCCAGAUCCAACGGCACCCCCCAAGGGGGGCAAGGUUCCAUACACCCACGGUGUGAGCAGCAAACAGGCACGGUGGUCCCCCGAUGUCACUGUCCCCCAGGAUCCCCAGGAGACCUACGUGGAGCUGUGGGGAUCCCACGGGCGACCAUGGGAACCCGGUGACAUCUACGGGAAUGUGCUGUGACACUGGGGGGAACUGGGGGGCACUGGGGAUCCCCACCCAUGGGCACACACUCGUGUGUGUGUUGCCACUAAAAACUGCCCCUCUCCCUCCCUAUGGAGGCACAAAGAUCCCAAAGGGCUGAGAGAAGAACAAUUUCCUGA